AUGCUGGGCAACCUCAUUAUCACCGGUGGCGUGCUGGCGUUGCAUGUUGUGGUGAUUUUCUUGGUGAAAUGGAGGCGCAGUUCCUCGUGGGCGGUGGCCGCCGAGCACAGCUUCUUCCCUGGAAUUCCGUUGCUUCUUCUUGUGAACCUCUUUCUGGGGACCUCCGUUGCGUCCAUGCAGGGGCUCGCGUCGAAGGCGGGGCCCACGCUGGCGCUGGGCAUUGUGAUGUUCGUGGUCUUUGCUGGCGGCCUCGUCGUGGCGCUCUGUGCCUUGAUGGCGAAGGUCCGUCCGACGUUUUACCCCGUUGUUUCACCUGCAUUUGCGACGGCGGCACAAGACUCGUAUGUGGCGGCGUUGGCGCAUCGGUGGCUGCUGCGGGUGUGUGGGAUCUGGCCACCGGCGACCGUGGCGAACAGCUUAUUUCUAGUGCUGGCGAAUCUGCGCAGGUCCCGGGUUGCGUGGGUGACGCUGUGGCUCUGGGCGCCCCCUGCUCGUCUCCGUGUGUGCGACGUUUCCGGUGGGGACGGCCGCGGGGUGCGUCGGCGUUCACGCCGCGCUGAUGUUUUGCCACUUACUCUUCCUUGGCGUCGUCGCGGUGUUUCGCCCCCUCAUCUCCCCGCUGGACAACGGCUACUACCUCGCCGUGAUGCUCGUGAGCGUCUGGCUCCUCGCCGUCAACGUGCAGCUCUUCCUGCACCCCGCCGACCGGCGGGCCCUGUACGCCGAGUGCGGCGCCGCCGUCGUGGCCAUCGCCGCCUUCUCUGUGCACGUCGUGCUGAAGAUGCUGCAGGCGCUCGUGUUUGCCAGAAGGAGGUGGACGGACCUGGACGUGUGAGGCACGCCAGGGGGGCGCUACAGGGAGCCCAACGAGGCCGCACUCUUCUCCACGAUUCCGCACGGGGCGGCGGCGGCGGCGGCGCCGUUGUCUGUCGCGGGAUUCCCACUGGUGGCCCCGCGUGUGCUGAGCCUGGUGGAGCGCACCACCGACGACGGCCUCGGCGACCACGUUCUCCCCGGCCCGCAGCUCCCCACCCCUGUGGCGCGCGAGCUGCUGGCGGACAGCGCGCCCGCCGUGGACGGGCUGUCACGGCCGUUGCUUCCACUGCGCGGGGCGCGGCGGAGGGCGGACGCCUGUCGUUCAGCUCCCUCUCGCUGGGCUCACUCAACUCGGUCGAGCUUGACUUGCUGAGCAGCCGCGGGUCGCAGAAGGACCCGCUGAGGCUGGGGGCGUGA